UAAAAAAUUAAAAUUUUAGAAUAUUAAUACCCUCCUUAAACCCUCCCAAUUUCCAGCCACCUACCGGUUUUCUUCUGCCGCGCCGCCGCAAUUGCUGCCGUUCACAUACAUACGACGACGUUUUGAGGAUAAUCAUGAACGCUCCAUCACCCCACCACGAAGACGAUGAACACGAAGAUGAGGUCUUCUUAGAGGAUAGUGAUAUCAUUGAAGAAAUAAAUGUUGAUGAAGAAGAGCUUGUUGAUGCUGAUGAUGAUGAAGAAGAAGAUGAACAAGGAGGAGGAGAAUUCAUAGAUGAAGCUGAUGAUUCCCUUCAUACGUUCACGGGCCACACUGGUGAACUAUACACUGUUACCUGCAGCCCAACCGAUGCCAGUUUGGUGGUAACAGGUGGUGGAGAUGAUAGAGGAUUUAUUUGGAAGAUUGGUCAAGGUGAUUUUGCUUUUGAGUUGCAAGGUCACACAGAUUCUGUCUCAAGUUUGGCUUUUAGUUCUGAUGGUCAGUUACUUGCUUCUGGGAGCCUUGAUGGGAAUAUAAGAGUAUGGGACAUAACUUCAGGUGGUCUGAAGGGCACACUUGAAGGUCCUGAAAAGGGAAUUGAGUGGGUCAGGUGGCAUCCAAGAGGACACGUGGUGUUGGCAGGUUCAGAAGAUUCUUCUGUUUGGAUGUGGAAUGCUGAUACCAGUGCUUUCAUGAACACCUUUUUAGGUCAUGCUGGUAGUGUAACCUGUGGUGAUUUCACUCCAGAUGGUAAAUUAAUUUGUACUGGGUCUGAUGAUGCGACACUGAGGAUAUGGGAUCCUAAGAGUGCCCAAAGUAUACAUGUGGUAAGAGGUCAUCCAUAUCACACGGAAGGACUGACAUGCUUGUCAAUUAGCUCAGAUUCUACUCUGGCUCUCACAGGCUCAAAGGAUGGUUCUGCUCACAUUGUGAAUAUAAUUACUGGAAAGGUUGUCACUUCUCUGAGUGCUCAUACAGAUUCAAUAGAAUGUGCCAGCUUUUCAGCAAGCGCACCUUGGGCUGCAACUGGAGGCAUGGAUAAUAAGCUUAUUAUUUGGGACUUACAACAGUCCUUGCCUCGCUCCACAUGUGAACAUCCGGAUGGCGUGACAUGCUUAUCGUGGUUGGGGCAAUAUAGAUAUGUGGCAACAGGUUGUGUUGAUGGUAAAGUGCGGGUAUGGGACAGUCGUUCUGGAGAAUGUGUGAGGACCUUUAGCGGACACGCUGAUGCAAUUCAGUGUCUAGCUGCAUCGUCCAACGGGGAGUACCUUGUUUCUGUCUCUAUUGAUGAAACAUCACGGGUAUUUGAGAUAGCAGAGUUCAACUAAGAAGAGACCCAAUAGUUGUGUGUUGUUGAAGAGUUCAAAUAGUUACACUUUUGCUUUAUCCUUAUUUGCAGAUUUAAAUUAUAGUGUACUGUCACUUGUCACUUUAUUCGUGAAAAAAUAGAUUUUCUUUUUUGCUCGUCACUUUUGAUGCAUAAAAAAACAAUAAUUUUUUUUCA